GACCCAGCUGAUGCUGUCACUCGCCCUUAUAAACCAAACAAACAAAAUCAUCAGAGGAGAAUUAUUGUAAAUUUUUGUCAAUUGUGGUGACAUAAUAUCAUGUUGGAGUAACUAGAAGAUUAAUGAGAGGCAGUGUUUCAACCUGAAGAGAGAGAAAGUCUGAGACAACAUGGAGGCUUCAUGUUCUUGGUCAUCUCUAGACUUUGGCACUGCUUCUGGUUUCUUCAAUAAUUUCUGUCUAACAGAUCCAGCUGCUUGGUUAAGUUACCCUCUCUUAUUUUGAUCUCUCUUUUUAAAUUAUAAUUUUUUGAAUUUGUAAAAUUAGUCAAAUAAUCUUAAAAUAAUUGAAUGAUUCAUUUCCUGUGCAUAUUUGAUAGAACAGUAGGUAUGUUGGCUAAGAACUUGAUCAACUUAAUUAUUGAAAUAGGCUAAAACAGGAUGUAAAAUAGGCCAAAUUGCUGAUAUAUAUAGUUUUGCCUGAAUAAUUCUCUUAGUUUUCCAUCAGAUGUUGCAUUUGAAGUGUCAUAACUUGAGAAAAACAUUCUUUAUCAUCCCUAAUAGAACACAUGAGAGUUCAUUCACAAGAAAAACCAUUUCAGUGUUCUGAAUGUCUGAAGGGCUUUUCACGGAGAUCAAAUCUAAUACAACAUGAGAGUUCAUACACAAGAAAAACCAUAUCAGUGUUCUGAAUGUCUAAAAGAUUUUUCACAUAAAUCACAUCUAAUACGUCACACGAGAGUUCAUUCACAAGAAAAACCAUUUCAGUGUUCUGAAUGUCUAAAAGAUUUUUCACAGAGAUCAUCCCUAAUACAACACAUGAGAGUUCAUUCACAAGAAAAACCAUAUCAGUGUUCUGAAUGUCUAAAAGAUUUUUCACGUAAAUCACAUCUAAUAUGUCACACGAGAGUUCAUUCACAAGAAAAACCAUUUCAGUGUUCUGAAUGUCUAAAAGAUUUUUCACAGAGAUCAUCCCUAAUACAACACAUGAGAGUUCAUUCACAAGAAAAACCAUUUCAGUGUUCUGAAUGUCUGAAGGGCUUUUCACGGAGAUCAUCCCUAAUACAACACAUGAGAGUUCAUUCACAAGAAAAACCAUAUCAGUGUUCUGAAUGUCUAAAAGAUUUUUCACAGAGAUCAUCCCUAAUACAACACAUGAGAGUUCAUUCACAAGAAAAACCAUAUCAGUGUUCUGAAUGUCUAAAAGAUUUUUCACGUAAAUCACAUCUAAUACGUCACACGAGAGUUCAUACACAAGAAAAACCAUAUAAGUGUUCUGAAUGUCUAAAAGAUUUUUCACAGAGAUCAUCCCUAAUACGUCACAUGAGAGUUCAUUCAUUAGAAAAUUCCUUUUAGAAUGAAUGCCUUGAUGCUGGUAAUAUGCUCUUAAUCCAAGGAGCUAUCCCUCACCUUCCUUGGAUUAGAUAUGAGUACCCUCUACCCCCUCAUAUUUUCUGGGGGCUGUAUAACCCAUAUUGCUUUAACACUUGCUCUUAAAUAUAAUAAUUAAUCAUGAGGUAAACUAUAUUUUGAGUUACAUUAUUUUUUUGUUUUUGUAUCAAAGCAGAAUGACUCCUAUUUCCUAGGCAUUGUAUGACCUUGUGGCAUGCAAAGAGUACGUAACCUUUAUUCAGCGCAUGUUUACAUGCUCAUUGACAGGCUAUCUCCCCCAACCAGCGAACCAGGGAACUAAGGGUUGACGAUGGGGCCCCGUCGUUCAAUCAGUACCCAGGUUCCAGCCAAUGAGAGAUGGUUUUGGCAAUCACAGAGGUGAUGUGGGUACCACUCACCUGUCUGCCCUUGUCAUUCCCAUUCUAGAGCUGGUUGAAGCACGGUCUGCUCUCUAGUGGCUUCUAUUCUGCCUUGCUUACCAUGGAGUGCACUAAUAUCUAUUGCUGUACAUAUUGUAUAUAGUGUACAUACUUUUGUUCUAAAUUGGUGAAGGGUAAUACAAGUCAAAAGUUUUUCUGCUGUGUUUAUUUUGCUCACUUUACACCCAGGAUAACAGGCCAUUGGUACUCCUGGGUUGUAAUAGACCUUUACAGGUUUAGUGUUUCCUCAAAAAUGAAAUAAUUCUGGCUUCUUUCAUUAAUGUUUGAUCAGACAGUCUAUUAUUAUUUUCACCUGGAAGCUAAUAUAUUCUCCACAAAUGAUUUUAUGAAGGCUUGCAACAACUUAAGUUUUGUCUUUUAGACAAUGGUAAUGACAAUUUAUUUUACUGCUAAAGUGAUGUACUUGGUGUAUGUUAUGUCUAGAAUUUUGACUUUUUCCACCCACACAUUUUUGUUGUAGCAGGAAGCUUUUAAGUUGCAUCUUGCAGACACUGGUACUGUUGUUGUAGCAGGAAGUUUUUAAGUUGCAUCUUGCAGACACUGGUAUUAUUGUUGUAGCAGGAAGUUUUUAAGUUGCAUCUUGCAGACACUGGUACUGUUGUUGUAGCAGGAGGUUUUUAAGUUGCAUCUUGCAGACACUGGUAUUGUUGUUGUAGCAGGAGGUUUUUAAGUUGCAUCUUGCAGACACUGGUAUUGUUGUUGUAGCAGGAAGUUUUUAAGUUGCAUCUUGCAGACACUGGUACUGUUGUUGUAGCAGGAAGUUUUUAAGUUGCAUCUUGCAGACACUGGUAUUGUUGUUGUAGCAGGAAGUUUUUAAGUUGCAUCUUGCAGACACUGGUACUGUUGUUGUAGCAGGAGGUUUUUAAGUUGCAUCUUGCAGACACUGGUACUGUUGUUGUAGCAGGAGGUUUUUAAGUUGCAUCUUGCAGACACUGGUAUUGUUGUUGUAGCAGGAGGUUUUAAGUUGCAUCUUGCAGACACUGGUAUUGUUGUUGUAGC